AUGUCCGUUUCCACGGAGCAGUUCCGGCUUGAGUUCGCAAGGGCAGUCGUUGACAUUAUGACGAACGCUUUGGUUAGCGACCUCUACCCGAACGCAAGUGCGGAAGGCUUGUUUGGAAUCGACAUGGGAGAUGGCAUUCACGCGAGGGAGAUCAGGCAGAGAAACACUGGCAAACUACCGUAUGCUGUCUGGAAAUCCUUGAGACUCCAGAAUCCAGACGGAUUCGAGCAAAAGCUCACAGAGGCCUUUUGCAGUGGAUCUGUGCAGACGUUCUUCGAGCAGAGCCUCAUUGCAAUGCAGCCGCAACAAGGAUCCUACGGCUAUGAGAUCUUGUGCCGUGGGCUGAGGUCAAUUCGCUGGGACACAGCAACUUUAUCGAAAAUUGCUCAGUUACCGUCCUUGACCGUUGCACGCUGGGCCAAGCUUCGUGGACUUGAACGGCAAUCGUUCAACGGCCUUGUCGGAGAAGUCCUCACGGAGACGGGUGACGGAAUUGAGCGUCAACAAUUCAGAGCCAUGGAGCUCGUAGACGCCCCAGAGGUGGAUUCACAUCCGGCAUGGAAUCAGUUCGUUGCCGAGGAGUGGCGCCAGCUGCGUGCGGCCGGUAUCGACCUCAAGGACCCCCGACAGACGCAGGACACACCCAUCGUGUGGAAGCUCCUAAAGCAGCAACCUUCGAUUUUGGUAAAGCCGGAGAACCUCGUGGAGCUAGAAUCUCGAGAUCUGGUGGCCGCGGUUCUGAUUUCAGGACUUGGUGAUGGCGAGGGCUCUGCGGCUGAG